ACUACCAAAUUUACAAGAGUUUUUAAAUGUGUUUUUAAAUGUGUUUACUGUCAGCAACUGAAAUUGUCAAACCCACAGGAGAUAAAAUGGAUAAACUAAUGUUAACUAUUAUUUUAAAAUUAUCGUCUGUGUUUUUUAUCUUAUAUGCGACCGUUGCCCAUGGAAACAGUUCAAAUAUCAAAUGCAAUUCGUGCAGAAUCUGACUGGCCUGGACUGCGAGCCAAAUCAGCUGGCACAGGAGCAAGACUGCACAACUGUCCUGAAGAAACAGGGGUGAGAUCAUCCAGAGCAAAUAAUAAUGUUGUGACUGGGACAUGCUAUUCUACCACUGGGUGACAGCAACAAGCUAUAAACAGAGGAGCUGAACGACACACAUGACAGAGCAUGAACCUGCACUUACUGAAAAAUCACAGGACCCAAAGUGACUCAUCCUGAUGUGCAGGAGGUUGAGGGUGCAGAGGGGAGAUGCUGCUGAUGUUGGUGUCCCUGCUUUGCUGUGUCCCUGCUGCCAAGGCCUGUCUGCAGUGUGACCGCAGUGUCAGGCUCCUACAUGAGGACUUUAUCCUCUCUGCUCCCACUGUGCAAGACCAGAUUGACAUGAAAAAGAUUUGUGACCAUGCCUAUGUGACCUACAGACAGACCAGCCGGGAACGAAAGGGAGUCAUUGAUCCCACCACUCUGUACAGAGCCAGAACUGAGUACCAGAGUGAAUUUGACCGCUUCUUGAAAACCAAGCACACUGGCUCUGUAACAUUUGAAGCCAUUCAGAUCAUGGAGAAGGGCAGGAAGAUCUUAGAGAAACACUUGGACACAUUCAUCCGUGAUGGAUUGUGCCCUAACAAGUGUGGGCUUUUGAAACAAAGAGUAAUGGAUUGCUUCUCUUGCCGCUACAAGAUACACAUCUGCCCCUCUCCCUCUGGCCAGCAGGAUUGCGGUGAGUAUCCAGUGCAGGCUGAGGAGGGAGGCCAGGCAGUGUUGAACUGUUUCCUUCCAUGGCAUCGUCUUCUGUUGGGAAGACCAGAGUACCACUACUCCUGGGCCCCUGGUGUGCCAGGAACUAAGAAGCUGACUGAGAGUGACUUCAAAGCCUUAGUAGUGACAGAUGACUCAUCUGUGGUCUUAAAUCAGCUACAUGUGGAUGAACAAGGAACAUAUCGCUGCUCUCUGCAGGAGGGAAAUAGAACCGUCUUCUACCGAGUCACUUUCCUACUCGCUGUUGCCCCUUUGCCUGACCAAACUCACCGACCCGUCAUCACUCUGCCCCCCCUGCCUCAUGGAGACAACUACUCACCUUUUCUACCUACUGAGGGCCUGCUGGUGCCAGUCAUCGCCAUGGUUACUGCUCUGAGUCUGGCAGCGAGCGUAGGCCUCACAGUUGUCCUGGGACUGAUGAUAAAUCAAAAGAGAGCCGCAGAGGAGCCGAGAAGAAAGAGGAAGGAGGGAAAACACACACAAAACACGGGCAAUGAGUAUCCUGUAUCCAGGGGUGGAAAGACGUCUACAAUAUCCUACUCAAUUAGAACUACUGGUGUUUGACUUAAAUAUUACUCAUGUGGAAUUGAGACAACUUGUAUUGAAAACUACUUACGUAAAAACGCAUAAAAAAAACUCUUGAGAUGUACUUAAAGCCCCUAAAACUUGGUUUAAAGUCCAAGGUGUUUCACAGCUAAAUAAUCAACAAUCAAAUUUCAUUAAAAAACAUUCUUAGUUAUUGUUUAUUACGAGUUUACCACUCAAAAACUAACCUUUUCAUCAGGAAUUUGUGGGUAUGGUUUGAUCACAUUUUCUUGAUGGUGGACGACCCUGUCACCCACAGCUGUCAUCACCGUUUCCCAACUAGGACCCUGACGCUCACAGAAAGAAACUGAGAAAAUUGGUUUUCAGGGCCUUAAAGGUCACCAAGCCAACAUGAAACCACCUCAACAUGAAUACAACCUACAAACUGUUUCCGAUUCAUUAUUGCCUUACAAGUACUUUCUAAUGUGUAAUCUUUAAUAGUUAACAUUAUUAAUGGGAAAAAAUGAAUGGUCUUUUAGUUUAUUAGUGAGCGGUGACCAUCUUUUUCUUAUUAGAAGCUUUCUACCAGAUUGCCUUAAGGGAAAAGGGGAUCACCCAUUUCUGGCUUUUCUUGUUGAGCACAAAACUUUAUCAGUAAUCUGCUUAAAUGACACUGUAAAUCUGGUAAUAAUCUAUAUUUUUCCUAUCAUCAACAAUCCCACAGAAAAGACCAAAACUAACAAUAAAUUGAUCCCACUAACAAGUAUUUCCUUUGUAGCCAAAGUAUAAGUUAUUCCUCUGUGCAUAUCAUGAUGAACAAGGACAGUUUAGUUCAUUUUGAGUCCAUCCCACAAAAACCCGCUGCUGAAAAGAGUCCCCAAAAAUGUACUAUUUACUCUAGAGUAAUGUUUAUUUUAAAAAUGUAAGUAUGUAUUUGCGACUUGUUUUUAAAGAUUGAUGUCUUUAGUGGACUAAAAUAAGGCAUUGUUGGUUUUGGGCUUUUCAUGGGAUUUGUUGAUGAUAACAAAAAUAUAGACUACCACCAGCCUUAUCCUUUGAAAUCCUUUUUCAAAAUAUAAAAGGUUUAUGAAAAAGUUAUUCACUUACAAUUAUGGGACUAUUUUUAAGAAGUUACUUUCCACCAUGUGCUAAAUGAAAUGUGUGUCUGUGUGUGUGUGUGUGUGUGUGUAUGUGUGAUAAAACUGUGUAAUCCAUACCUGACACUUCAUAAAAUGAGCAGAAACCAUAGCUUUAUCUGUGCAUUUGAUGUAACCAGCGCACUGUGCAACUGUUUAAUAGGCGGAGAUUGUUUUUGCAGUGUAAUAGGCUAUAAUGUCAUAGAGAAGAAACAUACAGAUGCUCCAGAUUUCCAAGCAGAGCAGAAACAAAGCUAUUCAAGUCUGUUCUGGCAUUUUAUCAGUGCAAAAUGUUACUUUUCCCCAAGGUAAAAAGUAACAUGCAGAAAACAAAGGGAAAGCAUUAUAAAGUGUUUCUUUGAUCUGAGAUCUGCAUGGGGCAAGAAAACGGGCAGUUCUGCAGUGGCCUGGAGAAGCUCAGGUUUAAUCUAACCCCAAUGACAAAAGCUCAGAUUUCAGCCUUUCCUCUGAAGGCUGCCGUUUCAAGCCAGAGUAGGGAGGGUUGGGUUUUAACUCUAAACAUAACGUCAUUCAACACAGAAACACGGAAUAACCCCAAACGACUACGUGCGCUGUUGGAAAGUCAGG